CAGUGGAGGGAUUGGCAGAGGGGGGUGGAGGACACUGAGUGGAGGCCAGUGGAGGGAUUGGCAGAGAGGGUGGAGGCCAGUGGAGGGAUUGGCAGAGAGGGGUGGAGGAUACUGAGUGGACGCCAGUGGAGGGAUUGGCAGAGGGGGGUGGAGGACACUGAGUGGAGGCCAGUGGAGGGAUUGCAAGAGGGGGGUGGAGGACACUGAUUGGAGGUCAGUGGAGGGAUUGGCAGAGGGGGGUGGAGGAGACGGAGCGGUUGGAAAGGUGAAUGAGUCUGGCAGCCGUAUUCAGGAUGGACUGAAGCGGGGAUAGCCAGCGGCGAGGCAGGCCAGUGAGGAGGGAGUUGCAGUAGUCGAGUCGUGAUAUGAUGAGGGAGUGAAUGAGCUGUUUAGUGGUUUCUGGGGUUAGGAACGCGCAUAUUUUGGCGAUGUUGCGGAGGUGGAGUCUGCACGAGUUUGUUAAAGAUUGGACUUGGGGCUGGAAGGAUAGGUUGGAGUC